GAUCUAGCUUCUGAUUCCACUUUUAUUCAUAUGAGGAUAUCAUGUUUCUGUACUGAGGAGUUCAAUAAUAUUCUUAGUUCGAAUGAUUUCUCGUUUAAAAUUAGGGUUGUAUUCGAAUUUGAAGAUGUCAAACAAAUUCAAUAGUAGUGCCAAUAUUGCUAGCAUAAAUAACUUCAAGUUUUAAAGAUGUCAAAACACUAAAAGUCUCUAUUUUCAUUUGCUAUGAUUAUGAAAUUCUUAUUUAAUUUUGUUUUAGGUUUACUUUGAUAAUUCAGUUGGCUCUCACAGCACAAUGUCCAACUGAAACAGAUUUAUCGCCCAAAAUCAAAAGCUACUCAUUCGAGUACCCUAGCUUCAAAGAUGCUUCAGUCAUUAACGGAGUGGCUUGACCUGAUGGCUCUUGCGUUUACCUUACAGCCAAUGGCCAGAAAGCUAACAGAGAUAUCGUUGCUAUCAUCAAAUUUGACUCCAACUUCGAUAUCAGCUGGGUGAUGAGUAGAAAGGUUCACAUUUACAAGAAUGCAGUUGCUGUUCACUCUUCAGAAGCUAAUUUGGUGUUUGCUGGCUAUUCAGAAUGAAACCUCGCCAAAGUUGACAAGUCUACCGGAGCCAUUGCUGAACAGCUCAAGAUCGGAACAGCCACAACUGUUGAGUGUGACUCUCUGACAUUCUCCAACGACAACUCCAACAUUUACGUGGCAGGCAAAACCUCUUCAGUUCCUCAAGUGUUCAAGGUUGGGUAUUCGGAUUUUGGAUCAGCAACUAUAACUUCGAUUUCGAUUGGGUUGAACUCAGUGUAUUCUGUUCACUCAUACAUAAAUUCAGGCCAAGACUUUUUGCUAAUUACUGGCUCAAUGACCAGCCCGAGUCAAGCAUACAGCCUGCUUUCAGCAAAGUACGAGACUUGCACACAGCAAUGGGCCAAGAGGUUACAAUGACCAACAGAUUGAGUGCUUACUGGAGCCAAUGAUGCUUUAGUAGUGAACUCAUCAGGUCAAGUUGUCAGUUACUUCCUCGAUGCAAAGCCAAUUAUGACUGUGAGUAAUCUUGAAGAUGGAUCACAUAUUGGGUGCUACAUGGCUGGAUUCAUUCAGAGUGGCCUUGAGAUCAGCAGCAUUGCUUAUUCAACUUCGUUCAGAAAAGUGUUCUUGCUGCUAAAGUAUGACAGCGGAGCGUACAAAAUAGAGUAUGACCCAGCUGCUGGAACAUUCUCAAACGCAUAUGUGAGCACUACGAUAAUACCAGGAUGGAUUCUAGAAGUUGGAGGUCAUACCAUUAUUGGAUCUGGAGCCCCGAAUGAAGCAAAAGUAAUUGCAGUGUCUCGACUUGGAUCUAAUGGAAUAUACGGUAUCAAUACAGGAGUAGCAUUUGCUUCCACUAGUGAUUCGUUUACUUCUAGUGUUGGAUACUCAUAUACUUAUGAUUCCACUACAUUUGUGGCAUCUAGCCCGUUUUUGGUAUCAAAAAGUGCUUCUAAUAUAGCUAUAAACAACUUGCCUGAUGCUAAGCCUUUUCCGGGACUUGCUUUCGAGUCUGAAGUGAUCUUUCAAGGAGGAGAAUAUACCCUUGAAACUACAGCCGGCUCCAGUGGAAACGUUGCGAGUUUUUUUGCUUGUUCCAUUAGUGGUGACACUUCUGUAGUUUCAGAGAUUCAAGCUCAUUCGAACGGAGAGCCAUUACCAUCCUGGGUGUCUCUCGGAUCAGAUUCUAUUUCUCUAGAUUACACAGCACCUUUGUCGGCUGGAGGUCAGUCUUUCUACCUUACUGGAAAAAGCGAUGUUGAAGGACUCAUUUAUUUGAGAAAUGCCAAAAUUAGCGUUGUUGCUUCAGACCAAUGAGAAACUGAGAAUUGAAAGACUUGCAGCUCUUCUGUUUGCACAUUUUGUAAUGACGGAUAUACUCUGACUAGCGAGAACACUUGUGAGAGCACAAAGAUCAACGAAUCUCUCACCGUGAAUUCUUCGCUAGUUGUUUCUGGAUUUGCAGGAAUGGUAGCCUCUACAACGUUGUCUGGAAUCGUCUUUGAGUCGUCUUCUCAAAAUGUGUGGGCUUUGCUGAAUCAGUACCAACUGUUUUUGAUGAUCCCAUUUCUGAUUGUAAAGCUGCCUACUGAAUUCAAAAGGACUCUUCAAGCUCUCCAGUUUAGUUUAAUUAAUAUGGACUUCAUUAACUCCAAGAACCUGCAUGGAAUCAACACUGCCAUUAACCAGAUUGAUUAUGUAAACCCUUAUGAUGAAUUCACAGAAAACGAGUUUGAAUCGGGAAGUGCAUUCGUGAACUGACUUAACAUUAUUAUGUCGCUAUGAGGAAUUGUGUUGCUAAACCUAUUCUGUCAUUUUUUAAUUCAACUUUUUAGCAAUCCUCAAAGUAGAGGGUUCUGAUCCAAAGUGUACAGCUUGAUUUUAUAUCUGUUUUACUUCAAAUUUUACCUGAGGUUCUUGCUGGAAAGCUUCUUAUUUGUGUGAUUGGUCUCAAUCAGUGAGUUGUUCCGUGUUAUCGAAGUCAAGGACCACCCUCUCUCAUAUAGCUUGAAUGCUGGAGUAUUUGUAUUUCUGGUGUCCUUUAUUUGUCUGGUGUUUGCUUGAUAUGCCUUUAUCAAAAACCCUCAUAAAAAUGCUUAUGCCAAUGAACUAUUCGAAGGAUUAAAGUUGAACAAGUUUGCUAAGAUGUACAAUUUCAUAUUCUUGAUUAGGAGAUCGCUGGUUGUGCUAAUUAUAGUGUCUAUGAGAACGACUAGCUUGGUACCAAGACUCAUAUUGUUCGCUUGACUUCAAUUCGCUUCGUUGUGACUCACGAUAUACUUGAGGCCUCAUGACAGAAAUUACGGAAAUAUCGUAGAAAUAAUCAACGAAGUCUGGUACUUCUUAAUUGUUGUGAUAAUUAUAUAUUUGCAAGGAAAAGAGUCUGCUGUUUUGAUAUUCCUCUUGAACAAGUCCAUUUUGGCCAACACCUGCAUGGUCCUGUGUGUCAGCUUAGGAAGACUCUUGUAUCAAGCGAUUACAUACUACUCUAACAAAAGGAAGAACCUAAUAAAACCUCUCACUGAACAAGUAACAAUCCAGACACGUGAAGAGAUGAAGAGACACAAGCAUUUCGUUGAAAAUGCUGCUGCAAGACCUCAACUUUUUAAGCCAAGAACUAAAACUCCAGACACCACAAACACCAACAGCAAAGAGUUGUCUGUGCACACCGAUCGCAAACUCAUAACAGAGUCCUUCGGAAGAAUUGACCACUUGUCUGCAACCUCUAGUAAGCGAGGAGUCAAAAAAGUCCAGAAGAGCAUCAAAGAAGCUGGGAGCCAACUAGAAGCUUCUGAAGUCUAACUAAUUUAAUUAUGGUUUAUUUAUCUCUGUAAGCAGCUCUUGGUCCAAAGAUAGGCGACUUGUACACCAUUUUAUACGAACCACCACUUUAAUA